AUGGAGCUUUUCCUCCUUCACUACCCAUUCACCUGCCUGUUCGUCGUGUUUCUAGUCCUUUACCAGGUGAAACCUGCAUUCAGAUUCUUCUGCAAGAUGACCUUCUACAAGCUGUGGUUCUUCACCAUAAGCAUUGGGGUUGUUAUCCUCAGUGUUCCUCGGGGACGGAACGUGGAGAACGCGACGGCAGAGGGCUGUAACCCAGUAUCUAGGGCAACUCUGAGUGCAGAUGACGACUUGUCCUGCCCUCGUUGUCCCCUUGCAGCGCUGAUGGAGAUCCUGCCACACCGCUGUGUGCCCAUUGCCAAGAGGGAGAUCCUGUACAUGGGCACCUUCGGCCUGGCGUGCUGGCUGGUGGGGACCAUCUUCAUCGACCGCAAGGACAGGGAGGGCUCCAUCAACACCCUGACAGAGGUGGCACGAUCCCUGCACAAGGACAAUUUGCGCGUCUUGAUCUUCCCCGAGGGAACUCGCAACCACGGAGGCUCCAUGCUGCCCUUCAAACGUGGGGCCUUCCAGCUGGCUGUGAAAGCCCAGGUUCCCAUCAUUCCUGUAGUGUUCUCAUCCUACAACAGCUUCUACAACCAGAAGGAGAAGAGAUUCACCCCAGGAAAACUCAUCAUCCAGGUCCUGCCAGAAGUGGAGACCCUCGGCCUGGGCCCGGACGAUGUCCCCAAGCUCACCGAGCAGGUCCGUGACUCCAUGCUCACCACCUACCAGGGGAUAUCAGGAAUGACAAACGGAGCUUCCCAUCAGUGA